UACGGAAGAGGACGUUGUUUUGAAAUUAUUAUAGCCUUUAAAAUUAUUCCAUCUAUCUUAACGACUAUGAAGACAUGUUUAUAUGAGAAGAAAAUGUUUAUAGUCAGAAGUUAGUGUCGGCUUAUAACAAACUUUAAUGAGUGGUUUACUGUAAUUUAGCGUACUAACUGCAUAGUUUAAAUUGUCCUUUCUGAAACAGGGACUAAAUGCAUUGCUAAUUUACAGUCGCACACAUUUAAUUGACAAUUUCUACACUUUCAAGAGUUUAAAGAUGGCUUCUGUUAGACAUUUAGUGUACAGUGGGUGUUUGUUUCAUCUCAGAAAAUCACCAAGUAUGAACACUUCAGUUUCCAGGCGUGGCAGCCAGACAAGACUGUUCAGUACCUCCAGCAGAUGCAAAACUAUUAUGCCAGCCUGGGUUAUUGAUAAAUAUGGACGCAAUGAUGUUUUACGUUUCACUAAAAAUGCCAGUUUCCCCAUCAUCAGCUACCCCAAUGAGGUUAUUGUCAAAGUGUUUGCAGCAGGACUAAACCCACUUGAUAUCAGCAUGAGAGCUUUGGCUAUAAUCAGAAACUCCCUGUCAGGUGGCUAUGGUGCAGCUACACUGUCUAUGAAGAGAGACCCUCUGAAUAUCAAACAGUCAGGCAGCGAGUUCCCUCUCAUCCUGGGAAGGGACGUGUCUGGGGUCAUCAUGGAGUGUGGCUUGGAUGUGAAGUACUUCAGUGAAAGGGAUGAGGUUUGGGCAGCAAUCCCACCAUGGAAGCAGGGCAGCUUAGCUGAGUUUGUUGUGAUUAGUGCCAAUGAGGUAUCCCACAAACCAAAGUCACUGAGCCACGUAGAGGCAGCAGCCCUUCCCUAUGUGGCAACCACUGCCUGGUCAGCAUUGGUCAACACUGGUGGGCUCAGUAAGGACAACUGUGCCAAGAAGCGGAUUUUGAUCCUUGGAGGAUCUGGGGGAGUGGGAACAUUUGCUAUACAGAUGCUGAAGGCAUGGGGAGCCCAUGUGACUGUUACCUGCUCCCACAAUGCCAAGCAGUUGGUAAAGGGGGUGGGGGCGGACCAUGUGGUGGACUACACUGCUGGACCUGUUGAGGAGCCACUCAGUGCGCUGGAGAAAUUUGACCUGAUCCUGGAUAAUGUCGGGGGCGAGACAGAGCAUUGGGCGCUGAAUCUGCUUAAGCCUUGGAGCGGCGCCAAGUAUGUUACUCUUGUAACACCUUUCCUCCAGAACACUGACAGGCUUGGUAUUGCUGAUGGCAUGAUGCAGACUGCUGCUACAAUGGCCACCAAGGCCCUCAAGCACCUUGUUAAAGGAGUUCACUACCGUUGGGGAUUCUUUGCACCAAGUGGUCCUGCAUUGGAUGAAAUUAGGGAAAUGGUGGAUGCAGGACAGAUCCGGGCCGUGCUGGAGGAGACUUUCAACUUUUCCCAGGUUCCCCAGGCCUUCGAGAAGGUGGAGAAGGGUCACGCCCGAGGAAAGAUUGUGGUCAAGAUUAGCAAAGGGGGAGAUGAUUCAUAGCAUUGAAUCUUUGAUACUGUGCAUUGCUCUGCACAACUACGAAACAAAUGAAAUAAAUGAAUGAAUCAAGUUCCCAGCUUUUUCUGUCUACAGCUGGAAACAGUACAUAAAC